CUCCGUUUAUGUAUGUAAUGCAUGGAAUUUGUGUUCGCCUUUUUCUUGAGCCUUUUUGUUGAAUAAGUUCUCAACUAAAUACUAAACGCAAAUUCUGCUAUAGUCAAGACGUCGUUGGAAAUGUAUGUCAGAAGUGACGUUCCAGUUUCAGGCACAAUUGACAGUAUUUUGAAAGGGACUUGCAGGAACGACGGCGGAAGUGAUGCUUUAGCAUAGCGCCAAUUUUCCUGAGCUAGGAUGUUAAGUUUGGUAACGUUGCCACAAUAGUUAAGCGGCUAAGGUAGUCUGGCGCACAUCUGAAUCGCAAGUGUACGUAUUCGUUGUGAUCGACCAUUUGAAGAUAUGGACGGCGAUCUGGAAGAUGGGGAGCUUUCUGGUUCCGAGUCAGAGUCUGAGAUGAAAACUGCCACAGCGGCGCCGCCAGCCCGACCUUUGCAACAUACAGCCUUGAGCGAUCACACUUCUCCACCUGCAACUGCCUAUAGAAACUUCGUUAGGCCGACGGAGUCAAGCGACAGCGACCCGGACUCGUCCGAUGAGGAAUGUACCGCCUGGCGCCGCAAACGUCAAAAAGUAUCCAACAUUCGCCAAGCACCCGCAGCCAUUGCCCGGCCGGCGUCGAACCGCGACGCAUGCGCACUCAGUGGCCGCAAGGUGAACAACAUUUGGGGCUCUGUUGUGCAAGAGCAGUGCCAGGAUGCUGUCGCUGCAGAACUGUGCCUCUUUGGCAUGGAGGGUGAGAUUUGCAUGUCUGACAGAAACGUGGAGACCUACAACUACGUCCUUGCUCAUAAGAUCAUGGAGAAGGAGAGGCAGAUGGAGAAACGGCAACAAGAUGAAGGGGAGGUGAAAAUGCUGGAUGACCAGUUGGAUGACUACAUGAGGGGCCACGGGUCAGAGGAGAGAGCGGGAGGAGACGCGAAGAGGAAAAGACCAGUGAAAGAGAGACUCGGUCCUUUAGCCGAGAUGGACAUUAAAGGCCGCUAUGAGAUCACUGAAGAUGACCCCGAGGAUAAAGUCGUGGAUGAGAUCGUGUACAGGCUGCAAGAGCCCAAAAAAGACCUGAUAGAACGUGUCGUGAGGGUCGUCGGGACAAGAAAGGCCAUAGAACUGCUUGGCGAGACAGCCACGCUGGAGGAAAAGGGCGGCGUCUACACCAUGGAUGGCAGCCGGCGCCGCACGCCCGGCGGGGUGUACCUCAACCUUUUGAAGAACACGCCCAGCAUCUCCCGGGCCCAGAUAAGAGAGAUCUUUUUUGAUGAGAGUCAGAAGGAUCAGAGGAGCAAAAAGGCGGCCCAGAAGAGGAGGCGGCACUUGGUGGCCAAGAAGAUGAAGCAGGCCAUCAGCACUCUCAACCUGCAGGAACACGACGAUGUCUCCAGGGAGACUUUUGCCAGCGAUACUAACGAGGCUUUGGAGUCACUGGAAGAGGCCGCAAAGGAGGAAGAGGAGGGCCAGGAGGAAGAGCACGCCGUGGGUACGGAGGAGACGCCCGUGGUGUACAGCGCAGCAGACUUGGAGGUCUUCUGAGAGUUGCCGGACAUCAACAAUUUACCAAAGCAUUGACAGUCAGGGUUGAAAUGUCCACCUUCCUUUUUGGAACUUGCAUGUUUUUUUUUUCUUGUUCCUUAGUUCCACAUUCCAAAAACAUACAUAUGUUGGGUUUAUUGAUGACUCAAAAUUGUUCUUCGGUGCGCCCCGCGGUUGACUGGCAACCGGGUUAUGAUUGGAAUGCAAUAGAAAAUGAAUGGUCACAGAAAGGAAAACAGUCGCAAAUCACUGCAUAGCCAAUCUUGACUGAAUCUAGCAUGAUGUUAAGCUUGCUUCAUAGUUUGUUGUUUUUUUUUUUUUUUUUGUA